AUGUGCUUCCCUCAUAAGGUUCCCCAUUGGUGCUUCCCAAUCACCUGGAUUGCGCUGCUUUUCCAGCUGGGAAGCUGCUCCCUGGCCACACCAACGCCAAAUCCAACGCAGGUGCCAACCCCGCACACGUUCCGCUUCCAGAAUCCGAUACAGUGCGUCAAGAACGAGUUCUACAACCUCAAUCUCUUCGACUGUGUGCCGUGCAAUGAGGCCGGAGAUGGAGACGGAGGACUGGGAAAACUGCAGCCCGACAAAUUCUCCUGCAAGUGCCCAAUUGGACAUUUAACUAUCUAUGAGCGGGGCAAGACAUGGCCCACUUGCGAUGAGAUUUGCACCCCUGACAGAAACGACAACUGCAGCACGGUGUGGCUGCCCCAGCCGCGCCCCUCAACGGCCUGUAGCUUUCGGUAUCUGAACUCCACUUCCGUCAUAGCUAACCAAUUGCCAGUGCAUCCAGUUAUUUCCGGAAUUAUCCUCACCAAAACGAAUCCAUCGAACGGCGAAGGCGACUGCCAGACGUGCGAAAUGGGCCACAAUUUCCGCUACCAGGAUUUCUGCGUAGCCAGUACCCUAAUUCGUCCUUACCUCCACUACAACUCCUUCUGGCAGGCCACCAGUAAUCCCAGACCGGAUUCCGGCUCUCCGACCCACUUUGGCGACCUUAAGUUCGUGGCCUUCUUCUGCCUGACCUUGCGGAACGACACCGCCUGCCAGCAGUUGGCCAAUCUGUGCGUGCUCUCACACUACUCGUUGGAGAAGCAUUCGCCAUGCAGCGCCUUCCUGCUCACCCAGGUCUCUGAUGUGGUGAUGAAGUAUGCCCACUCCGGUGAGCAGGUUCGAGCCCUGCAGCCUUUUCUCUUCUACAAGAAGGGUCGCACCACCAAGGACUUGCUCUCAAAGACGCUCCAGCUUGCAGAGAAGAGGGAGCUACGCUUAUUUAGCACCACAUUUGGCCUGGAUGGAAGGCUGAAGCGUUGGGGUGCAUUCGACUUGGAGAUGGUCAACCUCUGCCAGCGAUCUGCACCAUCCCUUCGUCUUGCUUUGCCGAAGCAGGAUUCAGAGGUAUCCUGCCAGCUGAGCCUAGAACGACUCAUUGACCUGGCCACACAGCAGGCCAAUGAUGAGUUCCUUACAGUAUACCUCAAUUUUAGUAGCAACUGGCAUUUUCUGCUCCACCAGUUGCCCGUGCUCAUUGAGACCUUGAGUCCAGAGAAUCAGCGUUCCCAGCUGGAGGAAUGGCAGUUGGUAAAGCGGUUCCAGAUGAUCUCAGCUUUACCAAGGGACAAUCGGCUGCAUCAGACAUUGCCACAUUAUGAGGAUGGCCACAAGCUUCAAAUGUACCACUCUCUGCACUAUGUAGAGAAGCUGGAGCUGCACUACACCCUGGAUAAAGAUCAACCGGAUAGAGUGGGCCUGCCACUCAUCCGACUACGCUAUCGCCACAUUGAGCUGGGAUCGGGCAACGUCUCUUCUUCGCAACUUUAUCCAUUCCGCUUAAGAGUCAGCUACGAACAGGUCAAGCGAGGAUGGGACUGGCUGGUGCUGGAGAUAGCGCUGCCCUUGCUCCUGUUGCUCGCCUUCGUGGCUGCCGUCUUUCGUCUUCAGAACCUGCGAAGAAGGAGAAAGGCUGAUCUGUGCCAAAUAAGCAGCCUGAUGGAAUUCCUGUUGCAGCUUGCUGGGAAUGCCGCAUACGCCUUGUUAGCCACAGCGCUCCUACUUCUCUUGGUGCAGGCCUCUAGCUCGAGCCUUUUGAAGAUACUGCUCUAUCCCGCCUGCCUGCUGCAGCUGCUCUUCCUGGGCGUUCAGCUGUGGCGCUCCAGUCAGCUGGAGUUGUUCCUCAUUGAUUGGGAACGACCUCGAAGUAGCUGUGAGGGUCAGCGCCUAAAUCUGGACAGCUCCUCGCUCUGCUCUAGUGUACGCACCUUCGUCGCCGAAAGCAGUGUGUCUGCUUGGCGGGUGCUUUUCACGGCCAACGCCUGGAUACGUCUGAGUGCUAGCCAGAAGUACUCCAGCCUGGGUCAGGUGUUUGUGCUCAUAGCUGGCUAUCACUUUCUGAAUCGAUUUUCCCACGGAGAUCUGGGAUUGCAAUGCGGUUUGAUAGUUGCCGUAUAUUUGCUCACCUAUCUCCUUCAGAUACUAGGACACCGCUUGUUCGUGACCAAUCCCCUCCAGAAGUUCAUAGACCUUUGUAGCCUGGCCAAUAUUUCGCUAUUCUCGCUGACGGAACCUGGUUUCGGCUACUAUAUUCACGGGAGAUCUCCACACGGCUUUGCGGACACGGAUAUGUCCUCGAUGAUCCUGCAGCUGCAAAGGACACAGACGAUGUGCGGCAGACGGGGACUACUAAUGGACUCCGAUAAACAGGCCUACAUCAUCCUGCCUCCUAGAAAUCUGCACAUUUACCUGGAGCGUUUGCUGUUGCCCUUCCAACGCAGUCUCACCGGCAGCCUGUCGCAGACGCUGCUCUAUCAGAAGGACAUUGUGCCCAGCAUUGAUGGUCAGAUGGAGCGCACAUCCAUUGCCUAUGCCAGCAUCAAUCGCUUCUUUUGCGCCUUCAUUGAUCACGCCAUCAAGGAUAUGGACUACAUUAUCAAGGAGAAAUCCAUUCUGGAACAACUACUCAAUUGCGAAAUCGAAAACUAUAUCACAGAAAACAAAGGUACCUUCUACAUUGACGAUUCGUAUAGCUUCUCCCGGGUACUCCUUCUGGGCAACCAUGUGCACAUAUUUGUGAUGGAGCUGCUCCUGCUGCUCUCCCUCUUUCUGAUCACCUCGAGCUUGUUGAUUGCAGGUGCUGCAGCUUGUGUUUUUAAUAUGUUACUUCGCCAUGUGUUCCGCCUCUGGGUGCGUCGCAAUGUCUCCCGCAAGACCCUCAUCGACGAAAGAUUCCUCUUGUAGCCCCUGGGCGAGGAGCAGUAUCUGCGGGAGGACGGAUUCUUUGCAAUUUAA